AUGGCCCUGCAAGGAAGAGACCUGAUCCUUGCCGCCAUCACAUGCUUCAUUGCCUGGGGCUACGCCGUCAGUUGGGCGCCGACGUUGCGAUGGAUCGGAUAUGCCCUCUUGGGAGGAGCUCUUCUGACCGUCGCUUCGAUUCUAGCAGUCAUUUUCCUCACGUCCCGAGGUUCUAGACGAAGCUUCCGUCAUCGAUCACCUCGUCCGCAGGGGCCCGCCUUCAUUGCGCCGAAAGCCUGGUCUCGCGAAGUUGCCGACCUCUAUACACGCCAUUCCUACUCGAAAGUUUCCCUCGACCCCGAUUCGCCCCGAAUAUCCGAAGCUCUUGACCAUCUUCUCGGUCUUAUCGUUCGGGACUUUGUCACCUCGUGGUACUCCAACAUCAGCAAAAACCCCAUUUUUGCAAACCAAGUGGACAAAGCUAUCCGCGAUGCUCUUAUCAACAUCAGAGAGAGGCUGUUGGAGCUUGAUCUGGUGGACAUUGUCACCACUCGUGUUGUCCCAAUGCUAACGGCUCACUUCCGCGACUUCUACGAUGCCGAACGCUCGGUUCGGGGGAGGAAGCUCAACCGAUCCGUGACGGAAUCAGAGGAGUUGGACUUGGCAAUUGCUUCCAAAUACAAGGAUGGAAAAUUACACCCUGCCGCAUCGUUGUCGUUUCCCGAUACCAAGCUCGUUCAGCAAGAUUAUCUUCGAGAAAUGGUUUCUGGCAUCUUGCCCAAGGUCCUCCCCCCUAAUAUGCUCGCCAGUCGCGCCGUCUCCACCAUAAUUCGAGAAAUUGUCGCAUGCGCUGUGCUGUUUCCCGUGCUUCAGAUGUUGGCCGAACCCGAUACAUGGAAUCAAGUUAUGGAAAAUUAUGGUCGAUCUAUGUUGCAGGACCGGUCAACCGUCCGUAAGCUCAGGGCUGCGCUGGAUCAGCAUGCUUCGCCAACCCCGAGGGCGGGCAAAGCCGCAAUUAUACCACGACUUUCGCCCACCGACAGUGAACGAAAGUUUGAAAAGUUCAUCCGCGCCAUAAGAAAAGUAAACAAUCUUUCGGAGGCGAGGCGCCUGAGAAGCGAGGUGGCUAGUCAACUAAAACGAGAUUCGUUAGAAGACAACCAGGACCAGGUGUAUCUCCGCCGGCUGGAAAUGGGUAAGAGGCUGUUGGACCAGCGCGUUCAAGUGCUCGCGGCGGGAGGAGACAGACGCAACGCAGCCGCCUUACCUCCUCGCCCCGCAGGCAAUACCAAGGCGGUGUCAAAACUUGAGCAUGCCUCUUUGGUGGAGCUGCUCCGAGAUGCAUCAGGGUUGUCUUACUUCAUGGAGUUUAUGGAUCGUCAUCGCAUGAUGCCUCUCGUUCAGUUCUGGCUGGUGGUUGAUGGCUUCCGCAACCCGUUGGAGGAUGAAGGUCAGGACGACGAGCAGCUCCCAUUGAAUCUGUCCAUGUGGACCGAUUCUGAUCGCCUAGACCUGGCGCAAAUCGACCAUGCGUACUUGGCUAAGGCUGAAUUGAAGGUGUCGCAGUCCACUCGGGACGAAGUUCGGGCUUUUCUGAACGCCGGCAAGUCGGCUACUGCAGAGCAGUACUACAAAGCCCGGCGAGCCAUCUUGAGAGCGCAAACAGCGGUCUUGGAGAGGAUGCAAGCACAAUUUUUUCAAUCUUUCAAGAAGUCUGACCUCUUUUACAAGUGCUUGGCAGCCGAAGAAGCAUCUGCAGCUAUCACUGCUGUCCCUCCAGUUGAGCCGUCCUCGUCGGUGGCCCAUCCGCCUAUACACCGAAGUUCCCAAUCAUACCAGUCCAAGCCGAAUGCGGUUGCAAGACUUGCACCGAGAUUAACACGUCCGACGACGAAGCGAGCCGGAUCUGCGUCGGAUCUGAGGAUCUCCAACGUUAACGGCGGCGGUCUCGACCCGGCAACGGCACAGCGACGCUCUCUAGACGACGACUCACCAACCCCGUUGUUUGACGAUGAAGACUUUGAGCAUGACAACAUGAUGGACUCGGUGCAGAGUCUGGACCAGGAAGCCAGCAAUCCUAUUCCCGAUACCACUGUGGUUCAAGCUAUGGAAGAAGCUCUAAAUAACAUCAUGGAAGAUAACCGACCUCAAACAGCCGAAGAAUUCCGGGCGUCAUUAUUUGGGGCUGAAGAUGCAGGCUCAAGCCUCUUCUCUGGCGAUAAUGAUUCCCAUCGAGGAUCACUCGACGUGUCGAGGCCGGCACAGUCGUCCAAGGAAGCCGAGAGACCGAGUUUGUCAUCUUUGGGCCUCGUAAGCGCCGCAUCUCGAAUAGGAGUUUUCGUUGACGAUGAUCUCUUCGGAGAUGAGGACAAGUAUCUUUCUGACGAGCAGGAUGACGAUGGCGGAGGUAAACAGAUGGAUGUGGAGGACGAAGUUCACGAAGCCGCGCCCGGAGACCUGGGCCUGGCGGAAGCUAUCACAGCGCUGUCUAACGACAUUGAUCGCCUUGUAGCGCAAGAUGCCAUCGUCGAAUCUCUUACGAAGAAGGCCGAACUCACGAACAACACAGCCGAAUUACGUAUUCUAAGGAAGUCCAAAGCAAGUCUGCAGCGCGAAAUUCGGCGUAAAGAGUUGCAGAGACAGCAGUACGUAGUACAGGAAAGCGACAACAGCCUCUACGGCCGCUCCACGAUCAAGAUCAAAGCCAUUCAGGUGGGGCGUGAAGACGACGGCAGGGAGUUCGCUCUCUAUGUAAUCGAGGUACAGCGGGAUGCUGGAGAGAAGAUGCCGGCAGCGACAUGGAUCAUCACUCGGCGAUAUAGCGAGUUCCAUGAACUACACCAAAAGCUCCGGUCGAGGUAUCCAUCCGUUCGCAACCUCGAUUUUCCCAGACGACGAAUGGUCAUGAAGUUUCAGAGCGAGUUUCUGCGCAAAAGACGGGCUGCGUUGGAGCAGUAUCUUCGCGAACUCUUGAUGCUACCGGAAGUUUGCCGGAGCCGUGAUCUACGAGCGUUCUUGUCUCAAAGCGUGAUUGCUCAGGGUCAAGAUCUAGUGGACCGCGAGGACAAGAAAGACAUGAUAACGCGAUUAUACGACUCAGUUACGGACGGUGUGGAGGAUAUCCUUGGCAAUAUUCCAGUCCUGGAUCAACUUUCGCUAGCCGGCCAGAACCUGAUUGCAGCAGCGACCAACCAGUUGAACGCAAUGCCCCUACCAGUCAAUGAAGAUGGCGUCAAUGCGGCCGAGGCCGAGGCCGAGUUGAAUGCUUUCGAGAACAAGGAGCUGGAAUCUUUUAUCAAGCCUAUUUGCGACAUUUUCCUGGAGGUAUUCGAGCUCAAUCGAGGCAACAACUGGUUGCGCGGUCGGGCAGUCGUUGUGGUCCUCCAGCAACUACUCGGGGGUACCAUAGAACGCAAAGUACGUGACAACGUCAAAAUGCUGGUUCAAGAGGACGCGAUUCUUAAGUAUAUUGCCCUGCUCCAAGACAGCAUGUGGCCCGGUGGACAAAUGAAUAAGAAUAAGCUGCCAAGGACAGCAGCAGAAAAGAAGCAGACACGCACAGAAGCCAGUCUGAUGCUAGCAACACUUGUACCAGACCUGGCAGGCAGUGUGGUCGGUAGAGUCAAUGCCCAAGCAGCCAGCCGACGUGUUUUUGCAACCUUUAAUAAUUCAAGACUCAAGUAA